AUGCCGGUCGGUCGGUCGGUCGAUGUGAUGGUUCCUGAUCUGCCCCACGAGUCAUGGCGGAAUGCGAGGCUCGUGACUGGCUACGACGAGACCUCACCGUCGAGGCUUCUUUCGGACGAGGACACUUCGGACGAGCGACGGCCGCCGAUGCUUCGGUCAGAGUCGAGCUGUGCAAAUAUUUGCUACCUUCAUCAGCGCGUCGUUGUUUGCCUUGUGCCGGUCUACCGGCUGCUUCCCAACGGUAGUAAGCCUGUCUGA